AAUAUCCUUCUUUCUUGGUCUGGCUUGCCAUUUCCAACAAAGAGGGAAGUUUUGAUGAAAUCAAUGAAAACCCAAAACUGGUAUGCUAGAAAAGUACGAAAGUUCCCACUUGGCAAAUUAUAGGGAGAUUCAUUUUAUCAAGGAAAUUGAUUUUGAAACGGCACCUCCACCUAGUACUACAAAUCACUGUCCUUGCCUACUUUAAUGUCCAAUGCCUAUCCAGAGAUGACAGAAACAGGCGUGAAACUACGCUCCAACCAUCCCAACAGAAUAUAAUAAUAUAAGGAUUCUCAAUAUCUCUACGGCUAAUUGCCUUUGUAUUCUCUUUACAGCAAACUGAAAAAUAAGAUAAAGAAACCAAUCUUCAAAUUAUACAUAUAGUCCUUGAUUAACUAAAGGAGAUGCCUUCUUGUACAGAUCCUGUUGCCAACAAGCUUAUGGCACCCCAAGUAAAAGAUGCUUCUGAACAUGCUUUCAAAGCAAUACUAACAAGUCUUCCCAAGCCUGGAGGUGGAGAGUUUGGCAAAUUCUAUAGCUUAUCUGCUUUGAAUGAUCCAAGAAUUGACCGUCUGCCAUACUCUAUAAGGAUCCUUUUGGAAUCUGCUAUACGUAAUUGUGACAACUUUCAAGUUACGAAGGACGAUGUUGAAAAGAUCAUUGAUUGGGAGAAUACAUCACCGAAGCAAGUUGAAAUCCCAUUCAAGCCUGCUCGUGUUCUCUUACAUGAUUAUACUGGAGUGCCAGCUGUGGUUGAUCUUGCUAGCAUGCGAGAUGCUAUGAAGAAUCUUGGCAAUGAUCCUAACAAGAUUAAUCCACUGAUCCCAGUGGAUUUUGUUGUUGAUCACUCAGUCCAGGUUAAUGUUACAAGAUCUGAAAAUGCCGUACAAGCAAACAUGGAACUUGAGUUUCAGAGGUACAAAGAGAGAUUUGCUUUCAUUAAAUGGGGUUCAUCUGCUUUUCAAAACAUGCUUGUUGUUCCUCCUGGUUCUGGAAUUCUUCACCAGGUUAACCUGGAAUACCUUGGACGUGUUGUCUUUAACAAUGAUGGAAUACUAUUUCCUGAUAGCGUGGUUGGUACUGAUUCACACACAACAAUGAUAGAUGGGUUAGGAGUUGCUGGCUGGGGAGUCGGAGGAAUUGAAGCAGAGGCAGCAAUGCUAGGCCAGCCCAUGAGCAUGGUAUUGCCUGGUGUUGUUGGAUUCAGGUUGUCUGGGAAAUUGCGAGAUGGUGUCACAGCCACCGAUUUGGUUUUGACUCUGACACAGAUGUUGAGGAAGCAUGGUGUUGUUGGCAAAUUUGUUGAGUUUUAUGGAGAGGGUGUGGCUGAAUUAACAUUGGCUGAUCGAGCCACAAUUGCAAAUAUGGCUCCUGAAUAUGGAGCAACCAUGGGAUUCUUCCCUGUAGAUCAUGUAACAUUACAGUACCUUAAGUUAACUGGCAGAAGUGAUGAGACAGUGUCGAUGAUAGAAGCUUAUUUGCGAGGGAAUAAGAUGUUCGUUGACUACAAUCAGCCUCAAAAAGAAAGAGCGUAUACUUCUUAUCUACAAUUGGACCUUGCUGAUGUUGAACCAUGUAUUUCAGGGCCAAAACGGCCUCAUGACCGAGUCCCUUUGAAAGAAAUGAAGGAUGACUGGCAGGCAUGUCUUGAUAAUAAACUUGGAUUCAAGGGUUUUGCUGUGCCAAAGACAGAGCAGAAUAAAGUUUCAAAGUUCACAUUUCAGGGACAGCCUGCUGAACUUAAGCAUGGUAGUGUUGUCAUUGCAGCUAUUACAAGUUGUACAAACACUUCAAAUCCUAGUGUCAUGCUUGGGGCUGCUCUUGUGGCUAAAAAGGCCUGUGAGCUAGGUUUGGAGGUUAAGCCGUGGGUUAAAACCAGUCUUGCUCCUGGUUCUGGAGUUGUGACAAAAUAUUUGCUCAAGAGUGGGCUGCAGAAAUACCUGAACCAGCAGGGCUUUAAUAUUGUUGGCUAUGGUUGUACAACUUGUAUAGGGAAUUCUGGAGAACUUGAUGAAUCAGUCGCUUCUGCAAUUUCAGAAAAUGAUAUUGUUGCUGCGGCUGUUCUUUCUGGGAAUCGAAAUUUCGAAGGACGAGUUCAUCCACUGACAAGAGCUAACUAUCUUGCUUCACCUCCCUUAGUUGUUGCCUAUGCCCUUGCUGGCACGGUUGAUAUUGACUUUGAGAAAGAGCCCAUAGGAACAGGAAAGGAUGGUAAGAGCGUGUAUUUCAGGGAUGUAUGGCCUAGCAAUGAAGAGAUUGCAGAGGUGGCUCAAUCCAGUGUCUUGCCUGAUAUGUUCAAGAGUGCAUAUAUAGCUAUCAGAAAGGGCAAUCCUAUGUGGAAUCAGCUUGAUGUCCCAGCUUCUACUCUCUACUCUUGGGAUCCGAACUCGACAUACAUUCAUGAGCCUCCAUACUUCAAAAACAUGACAAUGGAACCACCAGGUCCACAUGAAGUGAAAGAUGCCUAUUGCUUACUCAAUUUUGGUGAUAGUAUUACUACUGAUCAUAUUUCCCCAGCUGGUAGUAUCAACAAGGAUAGCCCUGCAGCAAAGUUUCUUCUUCAGCGAGGACUGAACCAGAGGGACUUCAAUACCUAUGGUAGUCGUCGAGGCAAUGACGAAGUGAUGGCAAGGGGUGCAUUUGCCAAUAUCCGCAUUGUUAACAAGCUCUUGAAGGGAGAAGUGGGUCCAAAGACAAUUCACGUUCCGACAGGAGAUAAGCUUAAUGUAUAUGAUGCAGCAAUGAGCUACAAGGCUGCUGGGCAGGACACUAUUAUCUUAGCUGGAGCAGAUUAUGGAAGUGGCAGCUCACGAGAUUGGGCCGCCAAGGGUCCAAUGUUACUGGGAGUCAAAGCAGUGAUUGCUAAGAGCUUCGAGAGAAUCCAUCGUAGUAAUUUGGUUGGUAUGGGGAUCAUUCCACUUUGUUUCAAGCCUGGAGAGGAUGCAGAUACUCUUGGAUUAACAGGUCAAGAGCGUUAUACAAUUAACCUUCCAAGUAAAAUCGGUGAGAUAAGACCUGGCCAAGAUGUUACUGUCACAACUGACACCGGCGAAUCCUUCACAUGCACCGCCCGGUUCGAUACAAAGGUGGAAUUGGCAUACUUUAAUCAUGGUGGCAUUCUUCCAUUUGUUAUUCGUAACCUGAUACAGGAGUAGGCAAUUUAGCUUCAAAUCUAGCCUCUCCACUUUGCAAUCUGCAUUGAUUGAUCUCUUUAAAAGCUGUUUUGGGGGGAGGGGGGUCUUCUGCAUAUAAACACUAGCAUAGCAGAGAUUUCUCGAGGCUCUAAAUAAGAGCGGGAAAUCUGGUGCUGCUUACAUAAAGUGGGGUAAUGAGGUGUAAUAAAGUUGUUAAUCUAUGUUCAUUAGAGUGGGAAAGAGAAAAAAGAAAAUGGAUGUUUGUAUUUUUUUUAAAAGAAAAUAUGAAUCAGAUUGGAAGAUCAAGUAAAUAGCUUUUCUGGUCUAGUACAUCAACCAACAGAUCGAAUUUGUAUGAAUCCUAAAGCUUUUCUUUGUGACAAGAAAUUUAUUAUAUGUAAAUCUUGAAUA